AGACAGAAGAGGAGGAGGAGGAGCAGAAGGGCUGUGCCGAAGUUGUCGUCUGCCGCUGGACUUAAAGCCGAAACAAGAGGCGCGAUGAUGCAUUUUCUUGCCUUUCUCGUGCUCAUGUUGAGCGAGCUGUCUCUGGGUUUCCCUCUCCCAGUAGACACCAUCAUCGUGCAGGUUCAGCAGUGGGGAGUGGUCGGUGCUCAGCGGGUCGUGGACCAGGUCCUAGUCAAUGGAGUCGCUCUCACUGGGACAAGCCAGGAAGUUGACAGAAUCAUCCAAACCUUGUCAGCUGAUGCUCGUCUUUCAACUCUUUCAAGUUUCAACCAGACUUCAACGCUGACAAACCACACUGUCCUCCGGUCUCGUGAGUGCAUACUGGAGGGUUCUCAGCUGCACUGGACCGACCGUGUGCUCUAUGAUGGGAAGGUCUAUCUGAGUCUGGACCACACGGACACGUGGACAGCCCAGGUACCGCAAGCACUGGCCCUCAAAGUGUUGUGGGACCAGGAGCCGCAGCUGACAGGGACGGAGAGGAUCCGCCUUCAGGAGGGAUGCAUCAAGCUAAUGAAAGAAUUGAGGCUUUCUGGAGAGUCGUCAGGAACUCCUUUGCCAAAGUUCCUGAUCCCAGUCUUGGCACUCUCGGCGUUUACGGGACUAAUCGUAAUCAGCCUCCUCCUCUCCAAAAGGCUGGGUCUGAGGCACCCUGGAGGUGUUAUUGGCUCAGUCAUACAUUACCCGAAGGACAUGACUGAAAUGACUCCAGAUGUGAAAGACAAUGGUUACCGUACCCUUUAAGGAACGGCACCCAAAGUUCCAGCUGGUCAACGGGGUCACGUUUGAACUUGCUGCUCAAUUUUUCUACUGCUGAAAGUCUUCUUUACUGAUUCAACGCCUUCAGUGUUCGGACUGUGUUGCUCCAUGAAUGUAACCAAACCUUUUAGCUGACGUACCAACAGCUCACUGUGUGAAACAUCUGUGACCAACAUUAUCGUAUGCACUUUAAUGCAUGUAUCACACUUUACACUGGUGUUUUUAUUGCACACACUUUAAAAACGUGCACAUGCACACAUACUGAGUGACAAAGUGUAAAUACAUUCACCGCCUACAGCAAUGUACAAGCUUCUUUUUGCACCGUAACUGUAAGGGCAGACGUUUUUAAUGGUAUUAAUUCCUUGACUAAGCAAUGCAAGUAAACAAAUAAAUAAUGGACAUGUUCUCUUUCAAGCACACACAGUAUCUAAUGUAAGUUGAGACAAUUUCACAAACUGCGUUGUCAUUCUGUAGCUGAAGCCCUGCUGAAAUAGAGUGUUUUGCCAAUGAUAGACCAUUCACAGUGAAACUCUGCCAAUCACUGGAUGGACUAAGUUGCUAGUUAUCCAAACAGUCUGACUGUCGUGGUAAAUUUGAUAAAAUCUCAUUGUAUGUGAUACUGUACAUUGUUGUGAGUGUCUAUGUUUUUCCAUGUUGUUUGUUCAUGUAAGAUUUAAAGAUAAUGUUCAAUUAAAGAUACUUUUAUGGCAUGUUUGUUUUAUAUUUUUAGAUGUGUUAUUUCACUUAGUGUGAGGUUAAUCUGCAAUAUAAGGAAAACUGAUUUUAAGGCAAAUUCUAAAAUUCCCUUUAAAUGAAAUAUAAAUGUAUUCUGGACAGCUAAUUGAUGCUUUGGAAGCUUAUUCUCUUUGUCAUCUAAUUACAGGGAUUGUCUUAAAUGAAACACUUGUUACAAGCA